AUGACAAAUAAACCCCAAUACCAAGUCGUCAUCGUUGGCGCCGGCAUAGGCGGCCUCACCCUCGCUUCCAUCUGCCGCCGCCUCUCCCUCUCCUACACCAUCCUUGAGCGCCUCCCCUCCCUCACUCCUGCAGGCGCAGCAAUUUCUCUCUCUCCCCAGGCCCUCUCCGUGCUCGACCAACUAGGUCUCUACUCUGCACUCAAAGCCGUCGCUCAGCCCAUGACAAGAAUCAGGGUCUCGCAGAACGGCAAAUUGUGGAAUGAGCUGGACUGGACUAUCUGUGAGAAGAUUUAUGGAUACCCGGUUGUUACGGUGGAAAGAGCGAAGUUGAUGCAGAUUCUGUAUGCUGCAGCUGGGAAGGAGAAGGUGCAGCUUGGUUGUGCGGUACAGGAUGUGGUCGAAGAUGCAGAGAAUGAGAGUGUCAGCGUACAUCUUGCUGAUGGACGCAUUCUAUCAGCCAGUAUCGUCGUAGGCGCAGAUGGCAUCCGAUCCGCCGUUCGACGUACAUUGGCUCGCGAGACAGGCAACGCAAACGCAGGCAACACCAUUAAGUUUACUAAACGAGUACACAUGUCUGGGUGGAGCCAUCCUUUGCCCGGACUCGGUGAAAAGGAGCUCGGUGUUGCGAAUUGGUUGUUUUACGAUGAUAGCGUGAUGAUGACGUUUGGUGGACGAGAUAAUAGACAGUGGUUUAUUGCUAUUAGGGAGUGUGAGGAGAUUCCGGAUAAGGACCGCAGCGUCUGGGUAGGUGUUACACCGGGGAUGAUUAAGGAGGUUCACGGAGAGAAGGAACAUCCCUUUGCCAAAAAGACAGGAAAGCUUGGCGAAAUCGUGGAUCAAGCUGAACGCGUGCUCGCAACUAAUAUCUUCGCCGAGUACGCAUAUCCACCUAUGGCUGUUAGCAGAGUUGCCCUUGUGGGAGAUGCCGCACACUCCAUGUCCCCGUGGUUCGGCCAAGGCGGCACCGCUUGCAUUGAAGACGCAGCUGAACUGGGUAACACGCUUUAUUCUAUCUUCUCGGAGUCUCAAAAGGUCAAAGAAGCGCUACAAGCAUACCGCAGUCGCCGAGAGAAACGCACACAAGAGAUUGCCAAGUUUUCAGCUGAUUUUGGUCGUCUUUAUUCGGCGCAACUUCCGUAUGGCUUGGGAGGAAUUGUGAGGGGUUUGCUGUUUGGGUAUGUGCCAAGCAAUAUCUGGCUUUGGUGGUUGAAGUGGCUUUAUGGGUAUCAACCUAUUUUGAGGGGAUUGGAUGUGAGUGGGAGCGAGGUGGAUAAGUGA